AUGAAGAAAGAAGGUAUCAAAUCCUAUUACCAAGCCAAAAUCGAAGAAUGCGAGUUGGUCAUGAAUGAAAAGUCUCAAGAUUUGAGACGUUUAGAAGCACAGAGAAACGCUUUAAACGCCAAAGUUCGUCUUUUGAAAGAAGAGCUCCAAUUGUUACAAGAACCUGGAUCUUAUGUUGGUGAAGUUGUCAAGGUGAUGGGCAAGAAGAAGGUCUUGGUCAAGGUCCAUCCUGAAGGAAAGUUCGUCGUAGAUCUCGGCUCUGAUAUUGACAUUGCACAACUCACACCCACAACUCGUGUUGCUCUUCGCAACGAUUCGUAUCAACUCCACAAAGUAUUACCCAACAAAAUCGACCCUCUUGUAUCUCUCAUGAUGGUUGAAAAAGUACCUGAUUCCACUUAUGAAAUGGUCGGUGGUCUUGACCAGCAAAUCAAGGAAAUCAAGGAAGUGAUUGAAUUACCUGUAAAGCACCCAGAACUCUUUGAAGCACUCGGUAUUGCUCAACCUAAGGGUGUCUUAUUGUACGGUCCUCCUGGUACCGGUAAGACACUUUUAGCAAGAGCUGUCGCUCACCACACCGAUUGCCGUUUCAUUCGUGUAUCCGGCUCAGAAUUAGUGCAAAAAUACAUUGGUGAAGGUAGUAGAAUGGUUCGUGAGCUCUUUGUCAUGGCUAGAGAGCACGCUCCUUCCAUCAUCUUUAUGGAUGAAAUUGAUUCCAUUGGUUCAGCUCGUAUGGAAAGUGGUGGAGGUGGAGAUUCUGAAGUGCAAAGAACCAUGCUGGAAUUAUUGAAUCAGUUGGAUGGUUUUGAAGCAACAAAAAACAUCAAGGUCAUCAUGGCAACCAAUCGUAUAGAUAUCUUAGAUCCUGCAUUACUGCGUCCUGGACGUAUUGAUCGUAAGAUUGAAUUUCCUCCACCAAGCGAGGAAGCCCGUGCUGAUAUUCUAAAGAUUCACUCUCGCAAAAUGAAUCUGACUCGUGGCAUCAACCUUCGUAAAAUUGCAGAAAAGAUGAGUGGAAGUAGUGGUGCUGAAGUGAAGGCUGUUUGUACAGAAGCUGGUAUGUUUGCCUUGCGUGAGCGUCGUGUCCAUGUCACCCAAGAAGAUUUUGAAAUGUCAGUUGCAAAGGUCAUGAAGAAGGAUUCUGAUGCUAAUACCAGUCUGAAGAAGCUUUGGAAGUAG